UAAAUAUACACAUCGGUGGCUAGGAAAAAAACUGUGAUGAUAUUAAUUGACUUUUUGCUGCUUAAGUUUGUUUGCACCCUCAUUUACACCCUUCUUCAUAACACACACUGAGUUCCUAUACCUCUUGGUGUAUGUGGGUACACAGUGCAAAAGUAGGCACAGGCUUUUUUGGUCCCCAGACUGGAUUUCAGAAAAGUGCAUGACAAAGAGAACACGCCCAUUACAAUUUUGUAAACCAAAGAUGGCUGAGCUCCAUAUGCUGAUGUGGUAGGUGUGUGUAAGACUAAGCGUUAAAAGCCCUACCUGAGCACUGCAAUAGUCUAUUCAAUAUUGUAAAAGUCAUUGUGCUAUUAUUUGUGUUAACACUGUCAGAGUUCAAAUGAUACAACAGAGUAAUUCAACAAAGUAAGAACCCAAUCAUGGCUCUUUUGAAAUGUUAUCUAUAAAAGUGCAAAUGUACACACAUGAAAUUCACAAUAAUUUUCUAAAAAUGCUUGCUAUUUAACUGAACAUUGUUUGUAAAACAGUAAGGCAGUAUCUUGCCUUUCUUAUGAUGCCCCAACCCUUGUUAUCCAAAAACAGCAACAGCAAGUACAAUACAUUCAUGUCUACAAUUAAUAUCGAUGAUUAAUAAUGGGAGUAAUCCCUUCAUGUCCCAGAAGAAAAUGAGCUGAAACUAAGGCGAUACCCAAAGCACUCCUACUACGCAGGCAGCUGCUGCUUGUGAUCAGCCCAGGCCAUGCCUGCUGAACCACAUUCUUUGUGCAAGAAAACAGUCAGAAGUGUGUUGAUGACUCUCUGUCAUACCCGGGCGGGACUCGUCUAACAGGACCAAGUGCUUUUCAGUGAUUUACUCGUGAAUGGUCCAUCCGCCUUCAUUCCAACAACACAGUCGUAUAGCUUGGGUCACAAACAUUACUUUGGAUUUGUUUUGCUUAUACGUAUGGUAUCUCUUGUUGGAUUGGAUUAAUUUACAGUGGGUAAUUUGUUGGAUUAACAAUGAGAAGACAGAGUUGAUGGUGCUGAUUCUUUGAAAAAGGAUUACAAAUUGGUACCACAUACGAUGGAACAGGGUGAAGACGUGAAAGUUAAGACCCUGAGGGAAAAAUUCCAGAAUGAUGAAUCUUUGAAGAUCCGAAUCAAACCUGCCAUCCCAGAGAAACCCAAAACUAUCCCCCCAGUAUCUCCCAACACAAAAAUCAGCAACCCCCUAAUUGCAUCAAUCAAUUCAGCUGUAGAGAACAGAUUAGCCCCUCGUGUGGUCUUUAAAGAUGACAAAAAGAACCACCAAGUUUCUCAACCUGAAAACUCAACAGUAAAGGCAAAGCCUAUUUUGCUGGAUAAGAACCAGAAGAAGGAAGCAGAUCUUAUCAAACAAGCCCUGAAAGAUAAGAAGAUUCAGCCCAUGAGUCCUGUUAUUCCGGUCUUAGAACAGACACCCAAAACUGAGUCUAUCCAAAAGCCCCAAGUUUUGGAGAGACCAGCCAAAGUCUCUACACCAUUCAAGAAGUCCGUAUUCAACAAGACAGACAAGGAUGAGAAAGAGAAGACAAACCCCUCAGAAUGGGAUGUACCAGCUACCCCUGUCCUUGAUCAUUCAGAUUCUACCAUUUCCACUCCUGCCAAGGCUGAGGCCACAGUUAAUAAGCCUUUGGUUCCCAAAGCUCUUGUUCCACCUGUUAGAGCGAACCCUGCUAUCUCUGCUCCAGUUAUUUCUCCUCCUGCAGUUGCAGUCUCAAAACCUCCUGCCCUGACAGUUCCAGAACCUGUUUCCCAAAAUGGUCCUCAAAUUGAGAACCCAAGGCCAGAAAUUCCUAUUAGACUUAAUUCCAAUGUAACAAGUCCAACAGCAGAUAUAUUUUCAAAUGGUUUACCAAAGGAUCCAACCUCCAUUCCAGAAAUCUCUGAUAUUCUUGAUAUGGAUAUUCCACCUCCAAUUAUUCCCGAGGACUUUUCUGAUGGUGGCACUUCUGUUCUAGAUAUAUUUGCCAAUGUUACUCCUGAGCAUUCAUUUCCUGGGGCUUCUCUUUCUGUUUCUCCAGUGUCCAGCAGUCCAGCUCUAUCUCGUACAGACACCCCUAUUCCAGCAAUAGAAACCCCAGAUUCAAAUGCUGCUUUUACAUUCAGUCCUUCACCAACAUUUUUAACUCCAUCAACGCAUGUCAAGUCAAUGGAAGAAAACAGGGUGACUGAAUCCCACAAAGCAAUUGACCACACAGAGAAGCCCUUGGAAGUUCCACUGUCCAGCUCACCCAAGCCCAUUUCAGUGGUCUCUGCCCUCGCGAGAGCUGAAGAGAUGACCCCUGUUAAGCAUAACCAUUGUGAUCAACGACUGCUUACUCUUUUGGAAAAGGCUAAACGAAAGUCUACAUCAGGCUCUCAGUCAUCCACACCUGAAAUUCUGCCUGUACUUGAGACAGAUCUGCCUAGCAAUGCUCCACUUGAGCCACCUGAGACAGCCCAUGCUGAACCAUUCUCACAUGUGGAGGUCCCAAAUGCCCCUGAAACUCUUGUGACUCUUCCUGAUUUCCCCCCUGUUGACUAUGAGAACAAGGCUGAAGAAGCACCAGCAAGAGAAUAUAACACCCAGCCCUAUGAAACAGUCCUUAAUAAGCAGGAUCACAGGAAAAGUUCACCUGCUCCGAAGAUGGUGAUUGUGCAAAGACCUACUGUGCCUCCUCCACCUCCCCCUAGAAAGCCCCAGUCGACUGUGUCUAACGGUGGCCUCACACCAGAGAAACCACCUCAGUCCCCAAGCACAGAUACGCAGUCCAGCAUUCUGCCAAGUCAGCCCCUGGAGGACAAUGGAAUCAUCUCAGCUCCUGCAGAUUUUACUUCAGAGGAUUCAGCAUAUGAAGAUUCAGAAAUUUGGGAUCCAUCUGAAACAGUUGGCUCACAAGCCGAAGCUCCAGAUUAUGGAAAUCCUGGACCAUCAGUUCACGAGGAAGCAUUUUUGGAACACUUAAAUCUAGAACAUCAGACGCCAAAUAUGGACACUGCAGAUGCUAUGCUUCCCAGGACAGUGACACCUGAACAUUCAGAUUCAGGACAAGACUCUCUUUUCAAUCCAACACUCCCAUCUCCAUCAGGAAAACAAUUAAACUACAGCAGCACAGAGUUGGAAGACCUGGCGGCCAGCAAGAAAAGUAAAACGCAAAAGAAACAACGCAAAGGAUCUCCUAUGAAUCCAUAUGCUGAUACACCUGUUGUGACAGAGGAGAUCCCCAAGAAAGCACUGUUUUCCAAAAAGAACUCUGUGUCAGAUGAAAAGGAGCUGAAGUCAAAAGAAAAACAAAGGCAGAAGGACAAAGAGAAAGAAAAGGAAAAAGAAAAAGAAAAGAAGGAGCUGAAGGAAAAGGAAAAGAAGGAGCAGAAGGAAAAAGAAAAGGAGCAGAAGGAUAAGAAAAAAGAGCAAAAGGAGAAGGAAAGAGACAAGAAGGGGCUCAAAGAGAAGGAAAGAGAAAAGAAGGAACAGAAAGAGAAAGAAAAGAAAGAAAAUGAAAUUAAGAAAAAAUUCAAGAUCACAGGAGAGGAGGAGGCCUUGUACCAAGCUAAAGUGACAGAGACCACUAAGGGGCGUAAAGAUGAUCUGGCAAUAAAAGCUGGAGAGAUCGUCAGCAUUAUUCGCACCACAGACUGCCCUAAAGGAAAAUGGCUGGCCAGGGACAGUACAAACAAAUAUGGCUAUAUCCCGGUGGAGAGUGUGGAGUUGAAUAUUCAGGAGAUGAUUGUGCUGGGGAAUAAAGCUAAAGCUACUAACAGGGCCAGCGUUAAUGGGAUCACCGACCCAGAUUCCCCCAGUACGGACAUAAUAUCCUCACCUCAUUAUAGCCUGAACCAAGAAAGCUUUGAAGAUGACAGUGAGGAGUGGGGUGACGAUGAUGAGUCAGUUUUCCCACCAGCUCACACCACAGAUCUAGUACUGAACCAGAGGGUGGCUUCUCCAGACGCUGGUCCUGAGCCAGUUCCAGCUCUGCCAGCACAUUCUGAUAGAACUGAUAAUGUUCAAGCAGGACAAGAAGCGCUUCAUAAACUGACGACCUUCUUUGCGCAGCCGAAAGUGCCCACACUGCAGAACAAAGCACCAAGCAAAGAACAAGAGCCAAUUGCUGACAGUGCUGAGGAACCAGUCAGUUCACUCAAACAGGAAAUAGAUCUGCAGCUCCUUCCUCCUCCGGAUCUGUAUGCUGACAUCAUCGUGGGGUGAACAGAACACAUUUAUUGCAUUUGACAUGUGAUGGAAAGGGAUUUUGCAAGACUGCAAUGCAUGCUUCGUUCUGUCUGAUAGUGCAUUGUGAAAGAACACGACUGCAACUCUUCCCCCCUGGCUUAUGUGAAAGAAUGCUGUCAGGCGUGUAGAAAAAUGAGGCGUGGGUAUGCAUACGGUGUACACAUGGUUCAAGGUGGCGUUCAUUUAACUCCCAUUUCACAUGAGAAGGACUUUGAAUGGAGGAAUAUACAGUAACUCGUUCACUGUGCAAUGUUAUUACUUUCCUUCUGGAACCUGGGUGUUUUUACUUCCACCAUGCUAUCCUGAGUAAUCCGAUGAAAGAUUCCUUUAGAUGAUGUUAGUUGUAAAACUGCUAUGUAAUACAAAGAGCUUGUAAGACACAAAGCUAAACUGGGAAAAAAUCAAAAGCAACACGGAACCGAUCAUUUGGUUGAGGUUCCACUAACACUAAAAGAUAUUCUGUUUAAGACUUUUAAAAUCAUGUUGUGUAAUUGUAUUAUUAGCUAUUUUCACGUAACCAUGAGCCUCAGUUUAUAUUAAAGUAUUCUCAGCACACAGUCUUUACAAAACCUAAUCACUCCUGAGAGAAAGAUGGAUUGAUCCCUUUUGUACUUGAUAGUAUUACAUCCAUGUAGUUAUAUUAUUAAAUGUGUGUGUGGUGUAUGUCUCACCUGCUUUAAACCACCUAAGUGUUUGGAUAAUGGUUACUCGUUUAAAAAAAAAGGUUAAACAGUUUAGAUUACACAUAGAGGUAUAGUUUUGCAAGUCCUACUUCUUCAUGAAUGAAUGGACCUGGCACUCAGGUAAUGAUAAAAACACAAAAAUACAUGAACCAAUAUGUUGUAAUAUGGUUUGAUAAUCCAUCCUAGCAUAUCUUGCUUAUAUUUAUUUGUACUGCUAACAUGAAAUUAUUUUGCUUUUCCAAUAACAACAGGACAAUAUGCAUUUAUAUGCUCAAUACACAUUUUCUUUUUA